CGUACGGACCACUUCCAAAAUGCCGCGUAAUCCAAUAAUUCAGGUGUACAUAGCAGACGGGUUUGCAGAUGACUGUGAGGAGCUCGUUCACCGCUGCUCCCGGGUGGACCACCUCAACUACCCGACGUUCUGCUCACAUUACAAAGAGAUGAACUUCGCUAUGGUGUAUCAACACAGAUCAACAAACGCAGAGAUAGGUGAAUUAUCCGAGGAACUGCUGCAAAUAGCUAAACACUACAUGGUUCGAGACACAAGCAACAUUGAGGAAUCAGUCGCCGGUCUGUUCAUUGUGUACGCGCUCCUGAACCUCCAGCCCUUCCCUCGCUUCGCGGCGCUCCGCCUCGUGCCGGAUGACCUACCCGCCAUCGCGCGCUUAGAGCGCGUGGCGCGGCGCGACAACCGCCUCGACGUGUUGUACGUGUUGGCGAACGUGCUAGUCCGGGGGCCGGUGCAGUUCCAAGCGGACGCGAGGCCGAGGGGUAUGGAGGCCGCAUACAGGAACAACCUGGAAGGUUUCUGCAAUAUCGACGCGCAUGGUGUCCGUCCCAAAGGCGUAUAUUCGCGACAAAACGAGGAGUUAGAUCUUCUAAGAGACAUGAACGCCAUAUUUGAACGCUACUCGAAGGCUAAGGCGCAAAUACCAGGAUUUCAGCGUCGCGAUGAGAGCAGUCGUAGCUUGGCGGUGGAGCUGAGCGACUCGCUCAAGAGGGUCAUUAAUGGUAUCACAGAUGAUACAGAAGGGAGCUCCGUGCUGGACCACCACGAUACUGUACAGGAGAUAAAGAAGCGUGCGAUGCGAAACGCUGUAUCUACUGUGAGACAUCUGAACUCAGCCGAGCAGAGGCAGAGACAUUCUACACCGAAAGCUGGGCGCAUUCAAGAGGGAAAAGGUGCUAAAAGGCAAAAAAGUUCAAAAAAAUCACCAAAAACAAAAUCAAAUUCAAGCAGUUCGUCAGAAGAGGACGAAGAUGAUAAAGAUAUAGAAAUUCUAGCAAAAGACGUUAUGAGCCAAGCGAGUUUUAGAGAUAUAAUCCAUGAAAAAGAACCACAGUUAAACAUAGAUUCUCUCCCGCGUUUACUAACUACAGAAACCGAUGGAAAAUUCUACGAAAUUGAAAUAAUAGAUGAAAUGAAACAACCAACGUUACCUGUCUUAAAUAAAAAUGACGGGAAAAUUGAAAUUGAGAUUAGUGGCAAAAUGAAUUCGAGUGAACGUGUAAAUAGUGACGAUGGAAAAGUAAUUGAAAUUGAAAUAGAUGAAGUAAAAAAUUCAAAUGAUAAUUCGUCUGGAUCUUCUAAGGCAAAUAGUACGGCCGAGAUAGAAGUUAUAGAUAAUACAAAAGGACAAAUUGGAGAAGUUGAUAAAACAAAAGAAGUAAUUAAAGAAGUUGAAGUUAAAACAAAAGAUGAAAAUGAAGAUAAAAUACUAAAACCGAAGAAAAAAAGCAGACCGAAGAAAAACGGGAAAAGUCCAAAGAAUGAGGAGAAAAAAACGAAUGAUGAUAUGUUUUUCAAACAGCCGCUAAGAACGUCUCCAAGACUUAAGACGGUGUUAAAGAGAGACCAAAAGAAACCUAUAUUAAAGUCGAAGUUUAAGAAAAUGGGAAUGUUGGAAGUAGCUAAUUUUGAAGAGACAAAGUAG